AUGGGGAUCGUCCUGGGUCGGGUGAACGUGGAGACGCCGCGAUUCACGGUGGAGGCGAAGACGGACGCGUUUGAGAUUCGCCGAUACCCCCCGCAGAUGGUGGCGGAAGUGACGUUCGACGGCGACCACCAGAACGGCAUCAACACAGCCUUUUCAGACCUAGCAGGGUACAUAGGCGCGCUCUCUGCUCCUCAGAACCGACCUGCACCUGCCCAUUCGGACAGCCCAGGCGAGGGGGGUGAAAAGAUUGCCAUGACUGCUCCCGUGCUGACACACGCUGGAGGAGGAAAAGGAGGAGGAGAUGGAGGAGGAGGAGGGGAUGGGGGAGAGAAGAGCACUACUGGUGGUGAGAAGAUUGCCAUGACUGCUCCGGUGCUCACACAUAUUGCAGAAGAAGGGGGAGAUGUGGGAAGAGGAGGGGAAGGAGGAGGGGAAGGCGGAGGGGAUGAGGCAGGGAAGAACAUUGCUGGGGGUGAGAAGAUCGCCAUGACUGCUCCUGUGGUGACAGCCCCCACUUCCUCUCCAGGCAAGACCACGAUGCAGUUCCUCCUGCCAGCAUCCCUCACACCAGCCACCACACCGAUUCCUACCAACCCGGCAGUCACCAUUCAUCAGCUGCCGCCCCGUCUUCUGGGAGCCGUCACUUUCUCGGGCCUCACAACGCAAUCCGUGCUUCAGCACAAGUCGCAGGAGCUGCAGGCGGCAUUAGAAGCAGCUGGGUAUAAACCUGCCAGGGUGCGAGGGAGGGAAGGGAUGACAGGGAGGAAGCAGCUUAACUAUCAUCCGCUGGACCCAGCACCCCAAUGUAGCCUGCCACGGCGAAGAACCCGCUUCUGGAGCCAACACGCUGUGCAGGGAGUGGGGGUGGGUGUGAGAGGUGCAAGGAAAGGAAGGGAUGAGAGGGAGAGAAGGGAUGAGAGGGAGAGAAGGGAUGAGAGGGAGAGAAGGGAUGAGAGGGAGAGAAGGGAUGAGAGGGAGAGAAGGGAUGAGAGGGAGAGAAGGGAUGAGAGGGAGAGAAGGGAUGAGAGGGAGAGAAGGGAUGAGAGGGAGAGAAGGGAUGAGAGGGAGAGAAGGGAUGAGAGGGAGAGAAGGGAUGAGAGGGAGAGAAGGGAUGAGAAGGAGAGAAGGGAUGAGAGGGAGAGAAGGGAUGAGAGGGAGAGAAGGGAUGAGAGGGAGAGAAGGGAUGAGAGGGAGAGAAGGGAUGAGAGGGAGAGAAGGGAUGAGAGGGAUGGAAAACCAGAAGCAAUUCAUGCCCCUCGUCGCGCUAAGCAGCGCGACAUCCGCGACAUGGCGGAUACGGCUGCGCGCACUCGUCUGGACUACCUCUGGGCCGCGGCUGUAGCGGAGAACGACUGGGCCUUCCAGUCAUCGAAGUCUAGGGCGGUGCAGGAAUUCGUUGAUGCGGCCCUCGCCUUCGCGAAGCCAUACACCCUCCUGACCCCCUACAAGGUUGGAGGCCCGCUUCUGCUGAAAUUACGGGCGGAUACGGAGGAGCUAGCGAAGCCGAUGAUGGAUAGCUGGCUCAAUCGCGGCUGCACCCUGGCGUGCGACGGAUGGACCUGCUUGAAGUCUCGAGGGCUUGUUUGCGUCAUCGCCCUCAACGACACGGCACCGGUGAUUGUGGAAACGAUAGACUCGAAGACGGCAAAGAAGACUGGCGGGUAUCUUGCCAAACUCCUCCGCAACUCCAUUGUCAAGGUGGGAGACAAGACGGUCGUCCAGGUUGUCAUGGACAAAGCGGCUAAUAACCGGCGUGCGGCAGACAUUUUGCGCGACGAAUACCCAGGCAUAUUCUUCAACAACUGCGCCGCUCACGUACUCGACCUCAUGCUGCACGAUUUCGGCAAGAUUCGUGCGGUGAAGCGGGUCAUAAGCCAGGUGAACCGCGUGGUCAUGAUGGUGAAGGCAAGCGCCUCCGCCGUCACUCUCUUCCAUGAGGUUUUCGAAGAGCUUGCAUUGGUGCGGCUAGGUGCAACUCGGUUUGGCACGCACGUCAUCAUGCUCGCCAGAUUCCUCGAAGUAAAAAAGUCGCUGCGGCAGAUGGUCAUAAGUGAGGAGUGGGAGGAGAUUGCGGUGGCAAAGCAGCCGGAGGGGAAGGCGGUGCGCGACCUCCUCUUAGAUGAGGUGUUUUGGGAAUGCGCAACGGCAGUCCUCCGCAUCAUGCAGCCCGUGUAUGAUGUCCUUCGGGUCGUCGACACGCGAGCUCUAGUUAUGGGGCAAGUGUAUGGCCUCAUGCUAGAGGCCACGGUGAAGACCAAUGUGGCGGCCCAGGCUGGAGCCGCCAUGUUUGUCAAGCGCACGGAACUGCUGUUGGCAAAGGACAAGCCCGCAUUCCUGGCGGAAAUCAAGGCUAUCCUAGUCAAGAGGUGGGACAAGCAGCUGCAUAACCCACUACACGCUCUCGGGUGGCUCCUCAACCCCCGCAAUCAGUACGUGGGGGAAGUGCGGGAGGAUGAGGAGGUGAGGAGUGGGGCGGAGGCGGUCAUCCAAGCACGGGUGAAGGAUGUCGCCCAGCGCACCCUCAUCCAGGCGCAGUUGGCCCAGUUCCACAAGGGCGAGGGGCUGUUGGGGUCGCCCGAUGCACGGUGGGCUGCAAAGGUCUUGGUGGCGAGUGGGCGCCUGACGGAUGCCGACUGGUGGUGGAUGUAUGGCGGGGAGGUGAAGGCGUUGCAGUCGCUGGCAGUGAUGAACCUGUCACAGCCGGUAACGUCAUCCGAGGUGGAGCGUUACUGGUCCGCGAUUGCUCGUGUGCAACGGCGUGACCGUAACCGCAUCUCCGCCAAGAAAAUGACGGACGUGACCUAUGUCGCGUUCAUGAGGAGGGCUCGGGACACCUUUGACAGGAAGCAGAAGGUGAGGGAGAAGCUCUACGCCGAUCUGAGCAACGGCACCCUCAAGGAAGGGAGUGUCGUCGCCCCGGCAGAGGAAGUGGUGGAGAAAGAGGGGGCCGAGGAGGAGGGAGAGGUGAAUGUGGCAUGCACCAUUGACUGGGACCUCUUCGGGCAGAUUGGCAAGAAGAAGAAAAAGGAGCGUGAGAGCUCCAAAAGGAAGAGGAAGGGCAAGGCGACCAAGCCUAGCAAAGGUAAGAAGAAAGCCGCGGCAGCGCGUGAGGAUGAGGAGGAGGAGGCGGCGGACAGCAGUGGCGAUGAGGAGGAGGAGCAUGUGCCCACCACCAAGACUCGCUCGGGCGAGAAUCCGUGGGACAUUAGUGAUGGCUCGAGCGGGGAGGAAGAGGAGGAGGAGGAAGAGGAGGAGGAGGAGGAGGAGGAGGAGGAGGAGGAGGAGGAGGAGGAGGAGGAGGAGGAGGAGGAGGAGGAGGAGAAUGACGAGGAGGAGGAGGGGGAUGAUGAGUAA